AUGUUCUCCUCGGCCUUUAAGUCCAUCUCUGCCACCAACAUCACCGGCAACUACUCCAUCUCCUCCGCACCGACUUCGACGGCUGGCCCCUGGAAGAUCUACGAUGCGAAGAAGAAAUCAACUGGAAAACCCUACAGCGUCUUUGUCUUUGACAGGAAGUCAUUGGACAGCCAUGGCAACUCGUUGGGCCGUUCCGGCGCGGCCUCGUUCAAGAAGACGGUCGAGGAGGUUGUCGAGCGAUUGAAGAAAGAGGCAUCGAGUCUUGCGAAGCUACGACACCCUAGUAUUCUGGAGUUGGUAGAACCUGUGGAGGAGACAAGGGGUGGAGGCUUGCAGUUCGUUACAGAAUCCGUUACAGCUUCACUGUCCAGUCUGUUGCAGGAAAAGGACGAACAGGAACGCGCCGGAGGACCAGGUGGAAGGUCGAGUCGAUUCGUGACCGAGGAUGCGGAUGGAACAAAGAGACGAAGGGAACUGGAGAUUGACGAGUUGGAAAUCCAAAAGGGGCUGCUUCAAGUCAGCAAGGCGCUUGAAUUCUUGCAUGAGAAUGCCGGUAUCGUACAUGGCAACCUCACACCCGAUUCGUCUGACUGGAAGAUUAGUGGUCUAGCAUUUGCCAGUCCUCCUGAAGGAUCCGAUAAACCGACCUCUAUCCAAGGGAUUAACUUAUACGAAGUUCUGAACAUGGAUCCCCGAUUACCAAAGACGGUUCAGCUCAACCUCGAUUUCACAUCGCCUGACUUUGUAGUCGACAACAACCUCAACCCCUCCGCUGAUAUGUUCUCUCUUGGACUCAUGUCAGUUGCUCUGUACAACUCACCUCACAAGUCUCCUUUAGAAAGCCACGGCAGUUUAUCUACAUACAAGCGAUUGUUUUCGAGUUCUUCCAACGUUCCUUCUGCCAGCAACAACUACCUUUCCUCACGCCCCCUCCCCAGGGAACUUGCCCAUGAUGUUCUGCCUAGAUUGAUCACAAGGCGACCUGCUCAGCGAAUGACGGCGCGCGAGUUUCAGCAAAGCGAGUAUUUCGAUAAUGUUUUGGUGUCGACAAUUCGAUUCCUUGAUUCGUUCCCUGCCAAGACUGCAAAUGAGAAGGCUUCCUUCAUGCGAGGUCUCAACAAGGUGUUGCCGUCGUUCCCCAAGUCGGUAAUGGAGAAGAAGAUUCUACCGGCGUUGAUCGAAGAGCUGAAGGAUCGGGACCUCUUAUCACUCAUCCUUCAAAAUGUUUUCAAAAUCCUCGACCUACUCCCAUCAGCUAAGAGGGCUUUCAGUGAGAAGGUUCGACCAUCUCUAAGGGAAAUCUUUGUUGUCAAUGCCAAGCAAACACAAGAGAAAGAUCCCGCUAGAGACGCUGGUCUCAUGGUUGUUCUGGAGCACAUCUCCUCUGUAUCAAGCAAUUGCUCUGGAAAAGAGUUCAAAGAUGAUAUGCUCCCCGUCAUAUUGGCAGCGAUUGAAUGCCCAACGCACUCGAUCGUCGAUGCUGCUCUUCGUAGCUUGCCAGUCGUGCUACCGGUGCUCGACUUUAGCACUAUUAAGAACGAGCUUUUCCCAGUGAUCGCAGCUGUCUUCAGUAAAACAAACAGUCUUGCGAUCAAAGUCCGCGGUCUACGAGCAUUCGUGAUACUUUGUGGCGGAACCAACGACAAUGGCGAAGACGAUGGACUCAACGGCCUGGAGAACAAGAAGACAUCUUCAUCAAGUGCCUUGGACAAAUAUACCAUGCAGGAAAAGAUCGUGCCACUGAUCAGGGUCAUCAAGACAAAGGAACCUGCUGUCAUGAUGGCAGCCUUGAGUGUUAUGAAGGUUGUGGGUUCGGUCGCUGACGCAGACUUCGUGGCGAUGGAAAUCCUCCCCAUCCUCUGGAGCAUGAGUUUAGGUCCACUUCUCAAUCUGAAGCAGUUCCAAAGCUUCAUGGAUCUUAUCAAGAGUUUGUCGCGAAGGGUUGAAGAUGAGCAAACAAGAAAACUGCAAGAACUUGGUGGUGGCUCUAGCAGCACGGCUGCACCAGCCGAGGAUUUCAUGGCCUUUGGCGGAGUCACUGGCACUACUUUUGACCAGAGUAAUGGAGCUACGGAAGACGACUUUGAGAGCCUUGUCAAGGGUCGUAUGGCCAGCCCCAGGUCGAGUACGGCAACUCCCAGCUGGGAUGACCCAGCGAAAUCGAAAUCGAGCACGCCAGCGCCUACGUUCUCGUGGUCUACACCUCCCCCUCCUGCGACCAACACUAUACCAAAGCUCGCACCCCAAAAGACACCGUCUUUCAGAACUGUGACACCAGAUCUCGGUCGGUUUGAGGCUCUCGCUCCAUCAACUACGCAGUUCAGUCAACCACUGCAGCCCACACCGAGCCAGCCUUUCCAAGCACCACCGCAAUCACAGCCAAUGCAGUCAAUGCAAUCGAUGCAGUCAAUGCAGCCUAUGGCGGCGCAGACACCCCUGUCUACGUCAAAUUCCGGAACUUCUAUCAACUGGUCUGCUGCUACUCAAGCUACGUCGAACCCGUGGGGAAGCUCUUCUGGGUUCGGAGGCAGCGCAUCUACUGGCAAUCUUAACUCUUCUAUGGCAGGCAUGUCCAUGAACUCGGGUUCGCGCCAAUCAUCCUUUACACUUCCUCCUCCGCCAGGCAACACAUCUACUCCUCCUGCAUCUUCGUUCACAAUGCCCCCGCCGACGAAUAAUUGGGGUAGUAUGAGUUCCACUUCCAUGGGCAACUCAAUGUCGAACACAUCGCAGAACAGCACCGGGCAAAAGUCUGGAUUAGAUAAAUAUGAGAGUCUGAUUUAA